GUUUUAUCCAAGUGGGGAGCCAUUUAUUUCCGGGUGGUUUCUCUUGACCCCGCCGUGAGGGGAAUUGCAGCUGUUGUUGCACAUGAAAGGAUACGUUUUUAGAUAGUUUCAUUAAUCAGGUGAGAGGGACCACCUGCCGAUGUGCGGUCCCUGAUGGGCGGCUGGUCUCGGGGGGCGGUGCUGGAGCUGUACAGAGCGCUGCUCCGCGCAGGGCGCCACCUGCAGUACACCGACCGCAACUACUACCGGCGCGCAGUGGCGCGGGAGUUCCGGCGCUGCCAAGACCUGACCGCCUUGCAGGACAAGGAGGACGCGCUCAAGAGGGGCCAGUUCUUCCUCAACAGCCGGCUCGGGGGACUGGUCUAG